ACUCAAAUGUGUAAACAAACACAUUUCUCCCAACUAUCCCUGUUACACGUGUCUGCAUACAAGCCUUCCACCGAGUCUCCCCCUUCUGGUUAUUUAGUUCCUCCUCCUCCAUGGUCAUUGCCAGCCACUCACUCACUUACUCACUCACUCACUCACUCUCUUUUCUUCACAUAUUUCAUUCUCGUAGCCAACUUGAAUUCUACUUCUCAAGAAUGAAGAUCUUCAAUUGGGUUCAUCGAAAGUUUCAUCACAAAGAUGGGUUUGGUGGGAAUGUGAAGAAGAGCACCGAAACAGAGUGUCAAGUACUGCUUGAAAAUGUCACUCUCGUGGAGUUGCUUGGGGGUUGGAGAGAUGGUAUUCUCACCAUUGGUACAUUUGGGUUCGAUCCAUCCACUGAUUUCGAUCGAAAAAAUGAAUGUCCGUUGGUUGAAGAAGAAGAAGAAGAAGAAGAAGAAGAUGAUGAUGAUGAUGAUGAUGAUGAUGAUGAUGAUGAUAUGAAAGAAUGUGAUGAUGAAGAAGAACAGAGUCUGUUGGUGCUGACCGUGAAAGCUGAUCUGAGAGAUUAUGAAGUUGGUUUAGAUUCGGAAGAGUUGGAAGGUGAUAUGAGGAAGAAGAAGAGAAUUACACUUGCAGACUUGUUUGUUGCUGAUUCUGAUUUGAAUGCGAAGUCAGAUUGCGGGAAGGUCCUAGAAGAUUUUGGUAAGAAGGUUGAUGUUGAUGCGAAGAAGAAGAAGAAUAAGAAGAAAGGCUUCUCGUCUGCUAAGAAGUUCAUUCCUGGUGUUGGAGACGAUACAAGUCCGAUCAAGAAACUACACCAAUUGAUGAAAAGAACGAUGAAGAGGAAGAUCCAUCCAGACCUUGAAGAAAAAUUUGAAAAGAUGGAUAGCCAGAUGAAGCCUACCACGUGUGGUCUUAUUGCACAUGGAUAUGGAACUAAUGAAUCUGUUUCCCUUCUUCAAACUAAAGAAUCUAUUUUCUGAGAUGUGAGAGAAGUCAAGAUCUGGUUUUUUUAAGAAAACGUAUUCUCUUGAUUGCCUCUUAAGGAUUAUGUUUUCUUCUGUUUACUUUCAUGUAUAUAUGAACGAUUGAACUAUGUGAAUUUAUUUUGUACUUCUUUGGUUAUUGUCCUAAAA